UGGCUCGAGGCCCUUGAGCAUGACGGCGUCGCAGUCGUCCCAGCCGCCAUCCCGCCCGCAGAGGUGGCGGCUUUUGAGGCCGACGCUUACGCCUGGCUCGGCACCUUCGGCUACGACCCUCUCGACCGUACAACCUGGAAGCGGGCACGCCUCCCCCCGGCUUGGCGUACGGGUAUGUACAGCUCUGCGGCGCAUGAGGCCUUUGUCUGGCGCCUCCGCUGUGUUCCCGGCAUCCUCGCGGCCUUCGCCUCAGCCUGGGACACAUCCCCCGAGACCCUGGUAGCGAGUUUCGACAGCAUCAACAUUACCCGGCCGCUGGGCAAGUUCGGGCGCAAUUCCAAGGCGACCAAGCCGUGGCCUCACCUCGAUCAGGACCCGGGGCGGGCGGGCCUUGAGCUCUACCAGGGCAUCGCCGUGCUUUCGGACUCGGGCCCGAACGACGGCGGUCUGUGCGUGCUCCCCGGUUCUCAUCGGCUGCAUAGCGAGUACUUCAAGGCGUUCCCGCCCCCGCCGUGGAAGCCUAACCGGAUUUUCCGCAUUCCUGCGCGGGGGAUGGCGUGGUAUGCCGCCCGCGGCGUGACCAAACGGAAAGUCGAGGCUAAGGCCGGCGAUCUCAUCCUUUGGGAUAGCCGUGUCGUGCACUGGAACGAGGACCCCAUCGGAGAGCGGAUCCGUCUAGCCGCGUAUGUGUGUUAUUGCCCCCGUAGUCUUAUCGCGGAGGACGUGCUCUCCAAGCGGGUCCAGCUUUUCUACACCCGCACGUGGACGAACCACAAACCU